AAACAGAUAGAGAGAAGGAGACACAGAGGCAGAGAGAAGAGAGAUAGGAUUGAGACAAAAAUAGAGAGACAGUGAGAGACAGACAGAGAUAGAGAGUAAGAGAAAGAGAGAGAGAUAGAGACAAACAGAGAGGGAGCCAGGCAGAGACACUGAAAGAAAUUCAGUGAGAGACAGAGAGAAGCAAAGAUAGAGACAGAAGCAGAUAGAGAAGAGAGAGAGACAGAGAGAGACUGACACUGGCGUACUGACAGGGAGCCAGUUGCUUUAAGAGAGUCCGAUCGGCUCGGGGAGAGUGGACCCAGGCACCGGCCCUCUCACACUCACACAACCAGCGCUUUGUCACUGUGGGUUUCCAUGGAGAUGCUCGGACAGAGGAGCUGGGAUGCGAAGCCGGGCUAACCCGGCCGGUUACUAAUGAGGAGUUCGCUCGCCUCAGCCCGGCAUCAAAGGCUCUCUCUCUCUCUCCCCGGAGAGAGCCCCGGCGUCUGCCCGCUGCGUACCGCCGUGCGAGGCGCCGGGAAAUUGGCCAAUAUCCUGACUCAUUUCAGUUCCCUGUUGUAAAACUGUGGGUUUGGGAGUUGUCUAAACUUUCCUGACCAAUCCGCUCUUUUGUAAUUCGCACCCAGGAGACGUUUGAAUCCGAAGAAUGGCGUCUCCGCUGUAGCUGGGGCGGACGGAGAGACAGAGCGCCUGAAGAGGGGAGUGCAGACUUGGUCUGACCCGGGGCAUACCAGGUGACCUGGAUGGUGAUGGUGUGUGAAACGAAACUAAGGAAGCCUCUCGGCCGCAUCCUGGAGCGGUUCUGCCCACAGCAGGUGUUGCGGGAGCUCCUGCCCGAGGUGCCAGGCACUCUGCGAGACUCCGACGUCCCUGAGCUCUUCCGUGAGCCCUUCAUCUGCAGUGGCUACCGGCCGGUGGGCCGGGCCUGGAAGUACUAUGCACUGAGCCUCUUCCUGUGCCACAACGAGGCGCUGAACGUGUGGACGCACCUGCUGGCCAUCCUGGUGCUGCUGGCCCGUUUCUGCGCCUUCCUGUGCACGGCUGCGCCCCUGCCCGUCCUCUACGCACUGCCGCUCCACUGCUUCGUGGUGGCCUGUCUAAUCUACCUGUCGUGCAGUGUGCUGGCCCACCUCUUUCAGUCCAAGUCUGAGUUGGCACACUAUUCUUUCUACUUCCUCGACUACGUGGGGGUGGGUGCCUACCAAUACGGCAGUGCGCUGGCACAUUACUACUACUGUGCUGAGCUGGACUGGCUGCGUGUGAUGAGGCCCUUCUUCCUCCCCGCCGCCGCCCUUCUCGGCUGGCUCUCCUGUCUUGGCUGCUGCCUCUCCAAGAUGCAUUUCAAGCGGCCGUACCCCACCCGCCGCAAGUUGUGCCAACUGGUGCCUGCCUGUCUGGCGUACAUGCUUGAUAUCAGCCCUGUGGUUCACCGCCUAGCCGGAUGCUGGGCGGCCGGCUGUGCGGACCCGGCCGCCGUUUACCACGGCCUGCAGAUCGCCCUCUUCCUGGUAGCCUCGGCCUUCUUCUCCUGUCCCGUGCCGGAGAGGUACUUCCCGGGCAGCUGUGACAUUGUAGGGCACGCCCACCAGAUCUUCCACACCUUCCUGGCCCUGUGCACGCUGGCCCAGAUGGAGGCCGUGCUCCUGGACUACUGGGGCCGCCGGGACGUGUUUGCUGUCCGCGGGGACCAUGACUCCAUCUACGCCGCCUGUGGCCUCUUCGCCCUUUUGCUCCUUGGGUGCGGCUGCUCAGUGCUGUACCUGCGCCACGUCCUGCAGCAACGGCUGAGGAAGAGAAGCGAAUGAGGGCCGAU